AUCCCGCAACAGCAACACAUUCGUAUCCACGCAUCGAUCAGCGCGCGCGCGCGCACGCACGGACUUCGACAAUCGUCGUCGGCUUCCGAGCGAGACCGACCGGCCCAAUCUUCCAAGAAAACGCCGGGGGGGAUGAGGGAGGAAGGGUUGGGGAGGAUGGCGGAGGACGCGCCCGGCACCAGCGGCCGGCCGCGGCGGCUGACGCGCGUCCGCACGCUCGGCCGCGGCGCGUCCGGCGCCGUCGUGUCGCUCUUCGCCGCCGGCGACGGCGACGGCGACAAGCUGCUCGCGGUCAAGUCGGCCGGGGCCGCCGACGCGCAGGCGCUGCUGCGGCGGGAGGGCGGCAUCCUGGCCUCCCUCUGCUCGCCCUACGUGCUCCCCUGCCUCGGCUCCCGCGCCGCGGCCGGCGGGGAGUACCAGCUGUUUCUCGAGUUCGCGCCCGGCGGCUCGCUCGCGGACGAGGUGGAGCGGAACGGCGGCUGCCUCGAGGAAGGCGCCGUCCGCGCCUACGCGGCCGACGUGGCCAGGGGCCUCGCGUACCUCCACGGGGAGUCCAUGGUCCACGGCGACGUCAAGGGCCGGAACGUGGUCAUCGGCGCCGACGGCUGGGCCAAGCUCGCGGACUUCGGGUGCGCCCGGAGCGUGGGCUCGGCGGGCCCGAUAGGGGGCACGCCGGCGUUCAUGGCGCCCGAGGUGGCGCGCGGGGAGGAGCAGGGCCCGGCCGCCGACGUCUGGGCCCUGGGCUGCACUGUCAUCGAGAUGGCCACCGGCCGCGCCCCCUGGAGCCACAUGGACGACGUGUUCGCGGCGGUGCGCCUGAUCGGGUACACGGACGCCGUGCCGGAGGCGCCCGAGCGGCUGUCGUCGGAGGCCAAGGACUUCCUUGACAAGUGCCUCAGGCGGUGCGCCGGCGAGCGGUGGACGGCGGAGCAGCUGCUGGAGCACCCGUUCCUGGCGUUCGCUGGCUGCGGUGCGGACGUCGAGUCGGCUGAGCUGAAGGGCAAGUGGGUUUCCCCCAAGAGCACAUUGGACGCCGCAAUGUGGGAAUCCGACGCCGACGAGGAUGAGAACGUGCCCGAUGAUGACACGGCCGAGAGGAUGAGGGCAUUGGCGGCCUUCUGCUCGGUCUUGCCUGACUGGGAGUCCGACGACGGCUGGAUCGAUGUACUGAGCUGCCAAUCUGAGACGCCGGCCGAGCAGUCCUGCAGUGAAGCUCCCGAUUCGCCGGCGGCCAUGCCGGCUGAGGAGGCGAGGUCCGAUGUAUAUAUUUGGGAUGAUGACAGAGUAGAAGCAGAAUUAGGAGUAGAAGAAGUUGGAGUCUUCGUUGGUGCUGCCGUGCCGGCGGCCGCGGCGCCGCCGGAAGAGACGGCCUACCAUCACGGUGAAGGCUUCCGGGACGGAGGAUCGUCGUUCGUACUGGAAGCAGAGUUUGACGCCGAGGCUUUCGACGCCGGCGGCGAGCUCGUUGUGCAUAAUGUAGGAGUAGCCGAUGAAGCUUUAGAGAAUCAGCAGCAGGAGGAGGGUGGAAAUGUACAUUCGCCGGAUCCGAUCGCUUGCGAUCCUCCGGCUGUAGUUAGUGUGGAUAGCUGUGACAGAGAAAUACUACCAGUAAAGUCGUUGAAGAUGCCAAAUUUGCUCUAUUUCUCGCUCCGCUUUCCUCUGUUCCUUCACCUUCCUUUCGCAUUUUUACACGCCACGAUCAGAUCAGAUCUCCCAACGUACAUCACAAGAUCACCUGGACUCGACACGGCGUUGAGCAGAUGA